AAUGACGAGCCACUACAUGGUGAGUGACUUGCGAUAGAUGACGAGGCCUAAUAUUUGACUGUCCUUUCUUUUUUAGCAAGCUAAGGACGCGGCUAGGGCGUCAGGGAAGAAGAAGGGGACGACUCUGUCCCAGCUGAAGAAGAGAGCUGUGCCGGCUGGCUCGGAGACUCCGAGUACCUUCAAGAAGCCAAAACCCCUACCUCGCCGUCUCGUGAAGAAAGACGAGUCGAAGGUUGCUGAGGGGGGAUGCCCUGAUGACGAAGAGAUGGGCGUGGACAAGCCGUCUCUGGUGGUGGACUUGGUGGAGGACCCUCUUUCGGGAAUCCCGGCCGACGUCCGCUCUCAGAUACCGGCGGAGGUGGCCCGCCGAGCUAGGUCUUCGGGCGGUAAGUAUUAUUCGAACGUCGUUCAGACGUAUCGAGCCUCCUCUGGCAGUUCUUCUUACUCUCCGCGUCAUCCUAAGGCCAUUGUUUUUCCUAUAGCCAAAGACAAAGGGAAGGAUGCAGCUGCUGCCGAGGAUGAGAACGUACCUGCUACUCCACACUAUUCGUCAAAGGAUAGGGUGGCUAUAUGCCGCAAGGUUUUUAAGGCCGUCCCCGCUGAGUAUGUUGCUUCUCUUCCUGGCCGCAAGACUGACGCCCAGUUUGGUGCGAUCCAGGCCACUCUUCUCGACUUGUUCUGCCGCAUGGAAUUCUGCAAGAGCUGGAAGGCCCGCACUGCUGAGGAGCUCAAAGCUCAGGUGGCUGAGUCCACCCACCAUGGUGACUAUGCGUUCAAGUCCAUUGAAGAGGUCCGCCUGCAGAUGCAGACGACCAUAGACCUUCAAGCGAAGGAGGUGGCUGCGUUGAGAUCUGACAAGGCCGAGCUGCUUAAGAAGAUCUUGGCGCAGGACAAGGACAUGGUGGCAAUGGUCGAGGAAGCCAAGACAGCGGCGGCGGAAAUACGGGCGCUUCAGGACCAGUUGCGGGAGUACCCUCAGGUCAAGGAGGCGGCUGAGGAAGCCGAGCAUCUUCGUGGGGAGCUAGAGACGGCCAGAUCGCAAGUUCGCACCUUGCGUGAGCGUCUUCUGGAAUCCUAUGAUCAGGGGGAACAAGCGACCAAGGACGCUGUUAAGCACGCCUGGGAGAGCCACAUGUCAGAGUAUGAUCUUGGGUGGUUCCAGCGGCGAAUGGAGCACAGUGCCGCUGUGUUGGCUGCUGAACGUCUUGGUCAGCCGCCCCCUGAGUUUGUAUCAUCUGAUGACGAGGACGAUGCGGCCGCCCCCUGAUUUGCUUCCUUUCCUAUUUUUUUUAAAAAAUUUUAUUCAAGCGUUCCAGUGCCUAAGGGCAAAAACAAUUAUGUUGUAAAGUUUUGGCGCUGAUGGCGUCUGUAUCAUUGUGCCUGCUGAGCACACAACAAUUCUCUUUCUUUUUCCUGGUCAGGAAUUCUGAGCUACUUUCACACGCCUUUCUACGGGCGUUGUUUUAUAAGUAAAUAGGUUUUUUGAUGUUUCUCCUAUCUCGCAUUUACUUGCUCUUCAUAAUUUGAUUAUUCCUUGAUCAAUAGGCUUAAUAGGCUUAAUCAAUAGGUAUGGUUGCCAAGGUGCAUCCGAGAGUACACUAAGCACGUUAAUGCCGCAGGCAACUGAGUAGGCGCUAG